CAAGCACCUUUGGUAAAGAGCUUAAUUUCUCCGUCAUUGUGAUCAGUCCCAUCGGAGUGUGUGGACAAAGGUACAGCAACACCAUCCUCUGAGUGACCAAGGGGAAGAUUCCUGGUUUUGGCUGUAGUGGAAACAUGGACACAAAUGUCUCAUCAUCCACCUUGACCUCUAUGCCAACUCAACACCCCCCCAAUAGCACAGAAUAUAUUAAUGCCACUGUAAAACCUUUCAGUGUGUUUGACGGGUGUGACCACCAGGCAGAAGCCAUUCUCUUUGACCUUAUCCUGCAGUGCAUCAAUGUUGUUGUGGGAAUCCCUGCCAACACAUUUGUCAUUGCAGUUCUCAUUCACAAUCGCAAAGAAUCCACCACUUCAGACAUAUUCUUGGGCUGCUUGGCCUUCAUGGACGCCUACUUUGGUGUCAUGACCCCCAUCAACUUCAUUAACCUUUACCACUGGCAGAGUAAGGGGGUUUGGUCGUCCAUUAAGUUCUCCUAUGGUGUAAAGGACACUAGUGGCCCCCUGUUUCUCUCCUGCAUCUGUCUAGAUCGCUUUGUGGCUGUGGUCUUCCCAAUUGCUUUUGGGCAGCUUAAGGACUUCAAGUAUAGGUUAAGCCUCUCAGUGCUGGUAUUCUGCCUCACAUUUGCCUACUCAGCAGCCAAGACAGUGGGAGGACUCCCAAACUUUGAAAAGGUAUUCACUGGUGAAGUUCUAGCUGCAUUUAUUUGGAUGGUGGUGUGCAACAUUAGUAUCCUAUGGGUCCUGAAGAGGUCCCGUGGUGCUGGGAAAGAUGAAAUGCACCCAAUGAAGAAGAAGGCCUUCAAGAGUGUGCUCUCUAUCCUUUGUAUCAUCAUCUUCAACUACCUGCCACCUGUAGUACUGUUUCCAUUUGAAGACCAUUACGCCCCUUAUGUGUUUCGCUGCUAUGUGCAACCUGUAGGCUUUGCAUUCCUGAAUGUCAGCAGUACCAUCCAGCCACUUGUCUACUUGUCUCGCCUGGAGAAAGUGCCUUUCCUCUCAGAUGUCAGGAUUAAAAGGUGUUCAUGCUGUGUCACUGCAGAGAGCAACACAUCCCCACCUACACAAAGCCCACAAUCAUCCUAA